AUGCAGCUCGACUCUCUCAAGCAGCAGGUUAUCGACCGCCCUCCAAAGCGGUUCAAGGAGUUGAAGUUUGGUAUCCAGUCGAACCAGGAUAUCGUCAAUCAAGCAGUCCUCGAAGUCUCCGAUCGCAUAAUCUAUGAUGUCGAAAAGAACCGGAAGCCGGUGGCACAUGGAGCUUUAGAUCCGAGACUAGGAAUAUCUAGCAAGACAGGCAUAUGUGAGACCUGCGGGGAGGGGCUUCAGAAUUGCAAUGGCCACUUUGGUCAUGUCAGGCUGGCCCUGCCGGCGUUCCAUAUUGGAUACUUGAAGCUGGUUAUGACUAUUCUACAGAACAUCUGCAAGGACUGUGCAAGAGUAUUGCUUACAGAUACUGAACGGCGGGCGUUCCUCAAAGAGCUCAGACGACCUGGUAUCGACAACUUGAAGCGUACGCAAAUCUGCAAGAAGAUAAACGAGCAAUGUCGAAAGGCAAAGACCUGCCCGUACUGCGACUCUAUCAAUGGCCAAAUUCGAAAGGUUGCUGUCCUCAAAUUAACACAUGACAAGUACCAGACCUAUAACAAGUCGGCGGCCAAAUCAAAGGUCAAACCUGCAAGCAUGAAGGUAUUCGAGGAUUCUUUCAAUGAGGCAAAGAAGAACAACCCGGAGCUGGAGAAACAUGCAAGGAAGGCGGUCGAGGAUCUUAAUCCCCUGAGGGUCUUGAAUCUUUUCAAGAAGAUCACUCCCAGCGAUUGCGAGCUUCUGAACAUCAACCCGGCCGAAGGGAGACCUGAAAUGUUCUUGUGGCAAUUUGUGCCAGCCCCGCCAGUUUGCAUUCGGCCUUCUGUUGCACAGGAUAGUGCAAGCACAGAAGACGAUCUGACCACGAAAUUGUCCGAGAUCGUUCACACUAGUUCCCUGAUUCGAGCCGCUUUACAAAAGGGACAGCCAGUGCAAACUAUCAUGGAGCAAUGGGACUAUCUUCAGCUGUCGAUCGCAAUGUAUGUCAACAGCGACGUGCCUGGUCUUCAGCAAAGAGAUUUUGGAAAACCCAUCCGCGGUUUCUGCCAGCGUCUAAAGGGAAAACAAGGCCGCUUCCGUGGUAAUUUAUCGGGAAAGCGAGUCGAUUUCUCAGGUCGAACGGUUAUCUCGCCGGAUCCGAAUCUUGGAAUUGACCAGGUCGCCAUUCCGAUUCUGGUGGCGAAGAAUCUUACCUAUCCUGAGCGAGUGCAGCGACAUAAUCUGAAAAAGUUGCGACAAUGUAUUAUCAACGGCCCAACUGUGCAUCCCGGCGCUCAACAGAUCAUCAAGAAGGAUUCCGACCACAAGAUAUCGCUGAAAUUUGCUCGGCGAGAGAAUGAGGCACGGGCUUUGCAGAUUGGCGAUGUGGUUGAGAGACAUCUUGAAGAUGGUGAUAUUGUGUUGUUUAACAGACAGCCAUCGCUGCACAAGCUCAGUAUCAUGAGUCAUUAUGUGAAGGUUCGACCAUGGAGGACGUUCCGGCUGAACGAGUGUGUUUGCAAUCCGUACAAUGCCGAUUUUGAUGGCGAUGAGAUGAACUUGCAUGUCCCUCAGACCGAAGAAGCCAGGACCGAGGCUAUCAAUCUCAUGGGAGUUAAAAACAACCUGUCGACUCCCAAGAACGGAGAGCCAAUUAUUUCCGCGACCCAGGACUUUAUUACAGCCGCAUAUCUUCUCAGCAGCAAAGAAAACUUCUUUGACCGAAAGACCUUCACCAAUCUCUGUAUGUACAUGGUUGAUGGCAAUACACAUCUGGAUGUACCACCUCCAGCAAUCAUUAAGCCGCAAGCACUCUGGACCGGAAAGCAAGUUUUCAGCAUUCUCAUGCGGCCCAACAAAGACUCGCCAGUCAAAGUCAACCUGGAUGCUAAGUGUCGUGACUAUAGAGCAAAAGCGGGCCAAACUCCAGAUAUGGACCCUAACGAUGGCUGGCUAGUUGUACGCAACUCGGAAGUUAUGUGUGGUAGGAUGGACAAGACUACUGUAGGCUCCGGCAAAAAGGACUCGAUUUUCUACAUCAUCCUUCGAGAUUUUGGUCCCGAUGACGCAGUCAUAGCCAUGAACCGACUGGCCAAACUUUCAGCCAGAUAUCUCACGAAUAUGGGAUUCUCUAUCGGUAUCAGCGACGUCUAUCCAUCGGCCAAGCUUGUGGAAAAGAAAACAGAUUUGGUUGAGAAGGCAUACAAGGAGUGCGAGGAACUGAUUCAAAUGUUUAAGGAAUCCAGGCUCGAAAAAGCCACCGGCUGCAAUAUGGAAGAAACUCUUGAAAACGCCAUAUCAGGUAUUCUCAGUAGGGUCAGACAGCAAGCUGGAGAUUACUGUGUCGAUACUUUAAGCAAAUGGAAUUCGCCACUUAUUAUGGCUAAAUCUGGAUCCAAGGGUUCGAACAUCAACGUCGCCCAGAUGGUGGCACUCGUCGGCCAACAAAUUAUCGGUGGAAACCGUGUCCCCGAUGGAUUCCAGGACCGCAGUUUGCCUCAUUUCCCUAAAAACGCUCGGCAGCCUCUGUCGAAGGGUUUCGUGAGAAAUAGUUUCUUUUCAGGCUUGACUCCUACGGAAUUUUUGUUUCACGCCAUUUCUGGGCGUGAAGGUUUGGUCGAUACUGCUGUCAAGACUGCAGAGACUGGUUACAUGUCUAGAAGGUUAAUGAAAUCCCUCGAAGAUCUAUCGACUCAAUACGAUGAUACCGUGCGGAACUCUUCCGGUGGUAUUGUCCAAUUCCAGUUCGGCGCUGACAAGCUCGAUCCUGUUGAUAUGGAAGGUUCUGCCGUUCCUGUUCAUUUCGAGCGGACCUGGACACAUGCGGAGAAUCUCACUUGGAACAAUAAGGACCCGUGCCUAUUGCCAUACGAGAUCACGACUCUCUGCGAAGAGCUGUUGACAAAGCAGAAAUCAAAGUAUACCAGGAAAGGGCUGUUUAAUGAGCCAUUGGGGUACGACGAUCAGAGUGAUUAUGCGAUUGACGAGCAUGAAAGCGCCAGAGGCUUUGUACAGACCAUUACCAAAUUCGUUGGUAACCUAGCUUCGCGGCUGGCAAAGAGGCGGGAAAGAUCCGGUCUAACGAUCAUGGACAAGAAACCAGCUAACACUGAAGAACCAUACGAUCCGUCUAAAGAAGAUAAAUAUAGACGAGACCAGGUUGAAAGAGUUGCUAAAGUGUCGAGGAAGACCUUGGAGAAAUUCGUCGAGCUCUGCCUCACCAAGUAUGCCAAAGCACACGUCGAGCCAGGUCAUGCGGUUGGUGCUGUUGGCGCCCAAUCUAUUGGAGAACCCGGAACUCAAAUGACCUUGAAGACUUUCCAUUUUGCUGGUGUUGCCGGUAUGAGUAUCACGCAGGGUGUGCCGCGUAUCAAGGAGAUUAUCAAUGCUUCGAAAGUUAUCAGUACGCCCGUCAUAUCUUGUCCACUUGAGAACGAGGUGCAGAUUGAGGCUGCUCGUGUGGUCAAAGGUCGAAUCGAGAAGACAUACGUGUCCGAUGUUAUUCGCUUCAUCGAGGACAUGUGGUCGGCCAAGAGGGCAACUCUAUGUCUUUCGGUCGACAUGGAAGCCCUGAAUGAUAUGCAUCUGGGUAUCACCGUUGAAAAUAUUGCUGAGGCAAUAUGCCGGAACAAGAAAUUAAAGAUCAAAUCUGGCGAUGUGUCACCCGUCGGUGAUUGCAUCUUCGUCAACGUCACUCAUGAUGGCGGUGGUACUCGUGGGUCAAGGAGCAAGGUCGCGACGGAGGAUGAAGGCCCUGGCGCAAGGACUAGAACGGCACCGGAAGAGAAGUCGGAUCUUUUGCUUCGGGUCAACCAUUUGAAGCGCGCUCUACCCACCGUGGUCAUAUCAGGAUAUCCAGACGCAACUCGAGCUAUUAUCCAAACAUCGGAGAAGAGCACCCACGCCGUGCUUGUCGAGGGCUACGGCCUGCGAGCUUGCAUGACCACAGAAGGAGUCAUCGGCACUCGAUGUACCACCAACAGUGUCAUGGAGUGCAAGGACGUACUUGGAAUCGAGGCGGCUAGGUCGACUAUUGCAAAGGAAAUCGGUGCCGUCAUGGGAGACAUGGGUAUCGAUCCAAGACACAUGCAACUUCUUGCCGAUGUCAUGACAUAUAAGGGUGAAGUUCUCGGGAUUACUCGAUUUGGCCUGGCCAAGAUGCGAGACAGUGUACUGCAGCUUGCAUCAUUCGAGAAGACUCCCGAUCAUCUUUUCGACGCUGCUGCCGGAAUGAAAACCGAUCAGAUUGAGGGUGUCAGUGAGUGCAUCAUCAUGGGUCAAACGAUGAGUGUGGGAACCGGUGCGUUCCAGGUGGUAAGACGUCUAGGUCUCCAGCCGAACGACACAAAGGCGAAGCCGACAGCCUUCGAGGAUGCUUGGAAAUGGGAUCAAACGGAAAGGAAGAAGACGCAGCUCAGGAAGUAG